UAAACCUUCCUUUCACCGGUGAAGUCCAUUCGCUCGAGUUUCACACAAUGACCACAUUCUAACUGUUCAACAUUUGUUUUGUACAAUUAAAUUCACCGGCGAAUCAGUGUGCGGUCGUAAGCGCAUGUUCGAAGCGUGUGAGUAAAGUUGACGGACCUUUGAAGGCGAUUAUUCGGCUUUUGUAAGGAUUUGUCCCUCGAGGCUCUCCGUAGUGGCGGCAGCUGCUCGUGCUUCAAGCGUCUUCAUCAACUUUGUCCCAACAGACAAGAAAAAAGGCGGGAGCGGCGGCCAUGGACGACGCCCUCAGCAGGCUGGCGUCCACAGGGGACGUGGUGAAGAUCUGGGACGCGGAUUCCAUGACGCUGCUGGAGCAGUUCAACCCGCACGUUGGCCACCAGGUGGCGCGGGCCUGCUGGACCUCCAACAACCAGCACGUGGUGAGCGCCGGCAGCGGCGGGGACAAGCUCGCCGUCACCAGUCUCAAGUCUCCUCACGCGGCUCUCCUGGAGCUGGCCCACGGGAAAAGACAAACGCGCGUCAGUCUCAGCACGUCUUCGCAGCUGGUGGCCAGCGGAGGUCUGGACCGCUGCGUCCACAUCUGGGACCUGAAGACCGCCAGGCUGCUGCGCUCGCUGAAGGAUCACACGGACGAGGUGACGUGCGUGGCCUUCAACUCCAACGACAGCCUGGUGGCGUCGGGCUCGGCCAGCGGCCAUCUCGCCCUCUACAGCCUGACCACCAACACGGUCUGCAAACCCUUCGGACCCGGCGGCCAGCAGCCGGUGCGCGACCUGGCCGCGUCGCGGCUGAAGCGCUCGCUGCUGGCCAGCGUUUCGGACGACGGCUCGCUGUCCUUGUGGGACGCCAACGCGCAGAAGGAGCUGCACGCCUUCCGCGGCGCCCACAAAGCGCCCGGCUCGGGCGUGGCCUUCUCGCCCGCCAACGAGCUGCUGCUGGUCAGCGUCGGGUUGGACAAGAAGAUCGUCUGCUACGACGCCGCCAGCAAGAUCAUUCUGCUUACGAUCCGCACGGAGAGCCCGUUGACGUCGGUGGACUUCAUUCCGGACGGUUCGGGUCUGCUGGCGGGCUCCGCCCAGGGUCAGAUCUUCCGCUAUGACUUGAGGAACAACAGCGCCCCCACCGGGGUGACGCCGGCGCACGACACAGCCGUCACCUGUCUGCGCUUCCGCUGCGCCGCCCCGAGACACAAGUCGGGCAAAACGUCUUCGUCCGGGGUUUCCGGCCCCAAGAGCUCCGCCUGCAAGCUGUCCAGCGGGCAUCUUAGCCCCGCCCCCGCCUCUCGCUCCUCCCCUCACAUAAACGCAGGUGGCGCCGGAGCUCAGGUGGCCGAAAGAGACGCGGCUGGUCAGAAAGGGGCGGAGCCUCUUCCCGCCACGGAGAAGUUCAGCAGCGUCGGACGAAAUAGCCUCGACAUGUUUUCGCCACUGCGACAAGAUGCAGCAAGUCCGCUGGCGAGCGCCGACGAGACGUUCGCCGCACCUCAAGCGACCCCGCCGAGCGAGGAGGCGGGGCUUCCUCAGCCGCCGGGCCGCGGCAGUCUGGACAUGUUCUCGCCCCUCAGGGAAGGUCGGGCGGCCGGCGGCGACGGCACCGCCCGCGGGACGGCGUCGGCGGGGCCGCCCUUCCGCCCGCGCUCGGCCUACCGGACGCCCUCCAUCAGGGAGGAGGAGCCGGACGAAGCGGGUGACCCCGCGGAGGCAUCGACGGGCGCCUCGCCCAGCCCGGAGGGGGAGGGUCAGACUCCGCCCACCUCAACUCAGCCGGCCGAUCGUCACCCGGCCUCGCCCUUCGCUCCCGAGCCGAGCGUGAGGAGCGCCGACGGCGUUCGAGCUCAGCUCGACUACGACUCGCCCGCCGCCGGCGCGGGUCCGACGCCCCGUCGGGCAGACGGGCGCGGGCGGGGCUCUUCGCCGGGCGUCGACUCUUCUCCGGCGGCGGCCGCGGGCGGCGCGAGCGCUCCGUUCAGCGCCGUCCAGUUGGACGUCAUCACCGACAUCAUCCGCCGACAGCUGGACGAGCUCAGAAUGAUACACUCUGGUCUAUUUGCAAAUGUCACAAAUGCUUUGAAGUGUGCCAUUUGGCGCGGCGACCUCGUGACUUCCCGUUCGCCGCCACAGAGACGCGUGCCACAAGGACAUCAUCAACCUGCAGGUGGAGAUGGUUCGGCAGUUCUGCAUCCAGCUGAACGAGUUCCACGCGCUGAUGUCGGCGCAGUUCUCGGCCCACGAGGCCCUGCUGCGGGAGAACGAGCGGCUCAAGGAGGAAAACCUUCGCCUCAAGACCAACUACUGAAAACGCGCCUUUCCCUUUAUUCCAAUAAAAUGUGUCAUGUGAUCAGCACGUCAAAUUGGAACUUUACUGAAAAGACCACAGUUGUCGCGGGACGCCAGAAGUUUGCGCUUGACGGACGAUCCAAGAUGAAUUAAAGGGGGGGAACUCGAAAUGGGAAAUGAGACCAAUGAAUUUCUAGUUCAUAUAAAGAAUGAAAAAAUGAUCAUUUGAAGUCAAAUAUGUGUAUACGGUCAACCCCCGCUACAUCACGGUUCACACUUCGCGGUCCCGCUAUUUUGCACUUUUUCAUUGUUGUGCAAUACUUUUUUUUUUUUUUUUUUUAUAAACCAGUUAAGGCAUUUGACCGUACGGGUAGUCUCUCCAGGAAGCAAACGCUAUAUUUUGGACUGUAUGCGUUAUUUUUAUAUUUGUUUUUUAGCCAUUGCUCUUGCACUCACUCUCAAUUUUUUUUGUUUAAAUGUGUGUGUAUUGUUUUAAGUGUGUUCGAAGAACUUAACCUUUUUUUUUUUUUUUUUUUUUUU